AUUAGCGUCAGUAGCCUGUUGUUCUACCAUCUCUGGCUGACGUCGAAAAAUCGUACAACGCUCGAGUCCUUUCGAGGCCCGAUAUUCCCGAUGGGCCCUGAUAAAGAUGGCUUCAAUUUGGGCGUGCGAAAGAAUUUCGUAGAAGUGUUUGGAAAAAAUAAAGUCACUUGGAUUCUUCCCAUUUUUACUAGCUGCGGUGAUGGCGUAACGUAUUUGCUAGGUGGAAAUGCGAAAGCUCGUCUCUGCCUGAAUUCCAGCAGUUCGUCCUCGCAUUCGGAGCAAGCCACUGGAGGCGCCGAAGUGCCACUGGAUGGAUACGGGUUAGUAAGCCGUUGUUUUCACUUUGUGUUCUUCUAA